AUGGGUAAAGGCGGAUCACUAAGCGAAGGCGUGAUCAAGAACAUCGUCCUCUCCUACACCUACGUAGCGAUAUGGAUCUUCCUCAGCUUCACCGUCAUCGUCUACAACAAAUACAUCCUCGACAAGAAGAUGUACGACUGGCCUUUCCCUAUCUCUCUCACCAUGAUCCACAUGUCCUUCUGCUCAACCCUAGCGUUCCUCCUCAUCAAGGUCUUCAACUUCGUCGAGCCUGUCUCCAUGUCACGUGACACUUACCUCAGAUCCGUGGUUCCCAUCGGCGCGUUGUACUCACUCUCCUUAUGGCUCUCUAACUCCGCAUACAUUUACCUCUCCGUCUCCUUCAUACAAAUGCUCAAAGCCCUCAUGCCCGUCGCGGUCUACUCCAUCGGUGUCUUGUUCAAGAAGGAAGGUUUUAAGUCGGAGACUAUGAUGAACAUGUUAUCUAUCUCAUUUGGUGUAGCUAUCGCUGCUUAUGGAGAAGCUAGGUUCGAUGUGUGGGGUGUGGUUCUUCAGCUAGGUGCGGUUGCGUUCGAGGCGACAAGAUUGGUAAUGAUUCAGAUCUUGCUUACUUCUAAAGGGAUCACGUUGAAUCCCAUCACUUCUCUUUACUACGUUGCACCAUGCUGCUUAGCUUUCUUGUUUAUCCCUUGGAUUGUUGUGGAGUUUCCG